AUGGAUGAGCGGUUCGUUCUUUUUUUGUGCUUAAAGAUCGAUGUCUGUAAAAGCUGGGGGGGCAUUUAUUAUGCUGUUCCACAGUCUACAAUCUCACAUGACUUUUAUUCCCUCUUCCAGUCCUUCCAAGGCAGCCAAGGCCGGGCUUAUCUCUUCAACUCCGUGGUCAACGUUGGCUGCGGUCCGGCAGAGGAGCGGGUGCUGCUGACGGGCCUUCACGCCGUCGCCGACAUCUACUGCGAGAACUGCAAAACCACACUGGGCUGGAAAUAUGAGCACGCUUUCGAGAGCAGUCAGAAAUACAAGGAGGGGAAGUUCAUCAUCGAACUGGCCCACAUGAUCAAGGACAACGGCUGGGACUGAGAUGCGGGAGGUCUGGAAGGGUGGGGGUGAGGGGAGGCUUCAGAGAUUUUUUUGCAUGCGUGGUUGGGUCUGUAGGUGCAGGUCUGGUGUAGCAUCCGUCGCCUGGCCCCCUGCGACCUACAGACCCCUGGGAAGGAGGGGCCGGUGAUGGCAACAUCAUAGGCCGUCCGGAUUACUCGGAUCGUAUGUGUCUGCACAUGCAAGGUGACCCAUCCCCCCCCCCGACAUGCUCACACGCAGCCGCAUGCUUGCCCUACACAUCGGCGCAGGUUUUAAAUGCACCCUGAAGACCUGCAUCGCCACAUCAAGGUGAGGCACAGGAACUGCUGGAGCACCAGAAAGUUGCUUGCAAUUUCUGGGCCUACCUCAGGCUAAAGAGACAGAUUGAGGCGAUUUAUAUUUUUUUAUUUGUACCCACCAGCUACCUUGGCAGCGAUGGCGUAGAAUCCCUCGUAGUCACAAGCGGGACACAGCUAUGACACUCAGUCCGUUCUGGCCAUUGUUGAGGAGAGCUCUGUCCGCUGUUAUGAGAACGCCAGUCGCACUCCUGGGACAGACUCCCCAAAGCUGUCACUCAGCGUAGACCGAUACGAGGACAGAGUGUCACUGGGCAGUCGUCCUUGUCUGAGGAUGGCCCUGUUUGGUAUCUGCAGCCCACCAAACUGCCUGACUCCCUUCAGCUGGGUUCGCUUAUCGCCCCACGUUUAUGUAGUUUGUUUAUGUAGUUUGUUACUGCCUCUGGAUGCUCCUGUGGCGAUUCCGCCUCCCCCCUCCAAUCGCCAGCCGCCUGUCACAUCUAUAUUUCCUGCUGGAGGUCGACUUCCUGUGGACGUGUGGCAUUUCAUGCAGAACCGUGAGGUGGGGGGGGGGGGCGGAGAGAGAGGGCGCUGGCGCUAGCGCCUUCUCUCAUUCGCUAUCCUAGCAGCGAUGCUGCUCAUGCUGUCCGCGGGGUCCUGCAGAACGUUGUGGCAUGUCAGGGGCCAGGGCUGGGGCGUUCUGUGUUUACGUAAGAAACUGGCUCCACUGCCUCUCUGCCUUUUUUUUUUUUUUUUAAUGUUAAAAUGGUGAUGGACCAGCCUGCUGUUUGGGAUGUAUAAUCUACUGGCUGUCAUGUCAGUUGACUUACAGUAGAGGCGACCAAUCAGAGGCUGUUAAGAAGCCCCAGCACCACCAAAGAACCCACCUGUUUGCAGAAAAAAAAAAAUCAUGCAGUAAUUUUGGCGAAAUUUGCAAAAUAGAGGGUUGUGAAAGCCUCUGGGGGUAGCCAUAUCUCUGUGACAUAUUGCAUCGUUCGCUCUUGUAAAUGACUGGCAUCCAAUAUAUGUAUAUUCACUAUGAAGAUGAGCAUUGUAUUAUGAAUUAUUACACAGUGUAAAUAGCCACAUUCUGUAUGUAUUUAUUUAUUGUUAUUUUAGCGUGUGUUAUGCUUUCUGUCUUGAGUCCCUUCCUCCGUUCGCAAAGGGUCUCUCAGACAGCGAUGCCCCACAUUCUUGUAUUUGCUACUUUUAUACCAUUUGAAAAUGUUUCGAUUUUAGUGUCUUUUUGUAACAGUGGAGGGAAGGCGAUGAAGAUGUACUGAGACUUUACCAAUAAAAUCCUCAUUUUACCAGCCCGACGGCGGCAUGGCCACCUGCUUCCUGCCUCCCGUCCCGCUGUAUCUCACACUCGGGCCGUAAGCCUGAUAUCCACACUGACGACCACGUUUAUGUCUGCUCAUAAAUACAAAUAAAGAAAAAUAACCUCUUUCAUUACACCUUCA